AUGACGAAGGGUACACAAUCAUUCGGCAAACGUAAUUGCAAGACUCAUACGUUGUGUCGCCGAUGUGGUCGCUCAUCAUAUCAUUUACAAAAAAAGAGUUGUUCCUCUUGUGGAUAUCCAUCAGCUAAAACACGUAAAUUUCAAUGGAGUGAAAAAGCUCGUCGUCGACGAACAACAGGAACUGGUCGAAUGAAACAUUUAAAAGUGGUUUUUCGUCGAUUUCGAAACGGUUUUCGUGAAGGAACAUUAGCCAAAUCACGUAAAGGACAACGACAAGCCACUGGAACUGCAACAACAACUGCUCCAGCUACAACAAAAUAA